UUUUACAAUUAAAUGUCUUAUAAAUCUUUGAUUAGCUAUAGUGUUGUGUUAGUAGUAGUUAUUGUUGUUGUGUUGACCAUUGAAUCGGAAGCCGUGACCAAAGAUUUUUGUAUUGAAUUUGUAAAAAAUGACCGAAAAAUUGAUUUUUCAUUUCGUCUCUUUUAUUACGAUCGCAAAGUUUAUUCGCUGAACUACUUCUUCAUUGGUAAUACAUUCUGGAGACUAACAUUUGAUGACAAAGACAUGACAGUAACCAUUGACAGCAACAGUACCGGUGCUUCCGACUGGUUGUCCGGUCAGAAGUACUCUAUGGUCUGGUGUUCCUGGUUUGAGGGUACGGAUAGUCCUAUUAUUGUUGGUGUAGACUAUGGACACUGUCGUGUCGGUGCACUAAGGAAAGACUUGAAAACCAUAGACUGGGCGGUCAUUUCUAUCGAUACGUUGAAUGUUGAACACACGGCCAACGACACGACAACCAUAGAGUUUGGCAAACAAUUGAGACCAACAUUUGCUUGGACUCCAAUACCAUCUCAAAGUGCCAAUCGUUAUGUCACCUUUUGGUUCAAAAAUCUGACUGAAACCUAUAAUUUUCAUAGCCCGUACCAACCGUUUAUAGAUAUCACUGAAACGGAUUCAACUGAAAAUGAGAUUAUAAGAGGAAAAAACGAAUUGGAAAUUAAUGAAGAAAUAGAAAUAAUGACAAUUAUUGGUCAUUAUAUUUAUUAUGAUUACGAUCCUGAUUAUAGUAGUGGUACUGCUAAUGGCCAGGGAUCCAUUGUCUUUAUGAAUGCCAACAGUACUAUCAAAUAUUGUUAUGUUGGACUACCGUUCAACAAGAAGACCUGUAAACCAGAAAAUCUAAAUACACUCAUCAACUGUUCCCAUAUAACAACAACAACAAUGACUACAACAACCGGCACUCAAACUAAUUGGUAUAAAUGGUUGAAAACAACAUUACUUAUUGUGGUUAAUGUAAUCCUAUUGAUACUCAUCUGUUUGAUGGAAAUAUCGGAUCUGUUUUUCUGUACGGAUUGUCCAUAG